UUUAGGACAGAGUGAGAGAGCCAAACAUGUCUGAGCCUUUAUAGUUGUAGCAUACUGGUGCUAGCUACCUAGCUAAACCACUUCAACGUGUCCAGUGAUGUUGACGUGUAUUCUGUGUUUUGGAUGCCCUAAACAUUGUAGGUCAGUCAUGCCACUGCAGGCCUUCUCCUUCCCUUUCCCCGAAACUCGGUUCUUCAAAGCUGGUAGUUUCAUCUUCAAGUUCAAGAUCAGAGGAGGCAGCAGCUUCAGUGGAGAGGAGGUUAUGGAAGAAAUCUGCUUCUAUCAGGAACUAGAGGACAUUCUCAGAACAGUUCUUGGCAACUUGGACAGCCUCCAACCCUUCUCUAGUGCCCACUUCAAUGUCUUCCCUUAUAAGAAGCUGUGGAAGGGGGCGUCAAAGUUGAUGUGCAAACAUGGCGAGGGGAGGCUGAGAGCGUACCCGUUUAGUCUUAUCCUCUACCUGGAGAAAAACACACAGAAUGAGGGAGCAAAGCAAGCAGCGGAGAAGUUGAGUCCACAGAAAGCCGUUGCACAGCAGCUCCCCUCGGUGUCUGAGCCCCAGUCAAAGCGCCGUAGAAGAGAUUCACCACUAGAGGAGGCCAUCCUAAAGGACUUACAUGGGGACAUGGAGGCUGAAAGCACAGUUUCUGUGGUUCGGAGGCGUUCUCUGCAUUGUCCACAUGCACAGAGAGAGGUCCAAGAGGAUCGAGGACAUGUCGACACGCCUCGUAACAUCCUUUCGUUUCCUCUCUCCCGCAUAUAUAAACUGACAAGCUCGGAGCAUCUUUGUCUGUGCUGCAGCCCCAGGCUAGCAUUAGCGCAGACAGGUAGGAUAACAAGUGUGAUUAAGGUUAAUAAUAGCAUUACAUCAGACACUGUUUGUGUGUGUGUGUGUGUGAGUGAGAGAGAGAGUGUGUGUGUGUUUCUGCUGAUGUGCUUCAGAUUGAUUAGCAGCAAAGUCUCAAAAUUACGCUCCGCUCCCUUCUCAUCCAAGGCCUUUCAUCUCAUCUGAUCCUGUUUUUUUUUUUUACACUUGUCCACUCUUUUUCCCCUCUCGUUUGUUUCAAGUGGAAAAAAUGAUUUAAACUAAUCAUGUCAGCCUAUUGAGUUACUUGUUUUGCCAAUACAGGUCUGCACGCUUUGGGAAGGAUUGAGUCGAACAAUGAAGGUGGUGAUUAUGUUCUGAUGGCACAAACAAAUUCAAGAGAAGUGUAGUCAUAAGACCAAGGCAAAUAUUGGGUAAUCAAAUGUGCAUUUUGGUAGAUUAAUUAAAAGUUCAAGCUCAUGAAAACACUUUGACACUGAGGCAAAUGGAAGAAUCCAAUUGGCCCUUACCGUAGCUCCACGACUUAUAGUUAGCGUUGCUAUGCUAAACUUUCCCUUCACAGAAGUAGUCAAAAAGAGGCCAGCAAACAUCAUCAUAAAGUGGUUGAGUUGAGUCUUUAAUGUUUUUUGAUCAUUCGUAUGAAUAUGGCAUAACAACUAGCGAACGAGUCUUAGAUAUUCUUCCGCUGGCUGUAUACAUAAUAGUCAUGCUAACUCAACGCUGUAUAAUAAUGCAGAAAAGACUUGCUACGGUUAAAGCAGAUGAACAUUGUUUUCCUUAUACUUGGACUCAAGACAUGACCAUAAACUCUUUUUGUAUGGAUUAUGGCUCUUACUACAGCCCCAUGCACACCGCUUCAACACGUGGAGAAAUCCAGAGCUGCAAAGGCGUAAAAGAACAAUCUAUUUGGUGGGAGGGGGAAGCGAAUGGUCAAUUUCAUUAAAUUUCUCGCACUGUUAAAAAAAAAAAAUCAUAUUCCGUUUCUAUUUGCAAUAAAAUAUUUAAAUAUCUUCUCAUCAUCUCCCACAGAAAGGUUCAAAGGGGUUCGACGAACCCCGGCAGAAAUCCAGUGUUAACACAGUCCGAGGAAGUGGGGCUCCAGGUGAAGUGCAUUCUGGGUCAAUACAGCACAUAGGAGAGGAGGAGCG